AUGGUUCAAAUCAAGCCUUUUGAGGUUGAGGAAUGGAUGGAUCGUCUGGAAACCACGCCUGGCGCUCUCAUCCUCGCCGAAACCUGUUGCGAAUCCGUGUCGAUCCAAGAACUUACCCAGUUGUCAAGCGACCCGAAAGCCCCCGGGCCAUUUGAUAUCGCCACGCAAAGGCUUACAUAUGGAUCUAUCUACGGCUCAGAGGAGGCUCGGCAGAACAUUGCCAACAUGUACCAGAACGAGGUGUCGGGGACACUACCAAACGACCAGGUCAUCAUCACCCAGGGUGCCAUUAUGGCCAACUUCCUCCUCUUAUAUACCCUUGUUGGACCAGGAGAUCAUGUCAUCUGCAUUUAUCCAACAUAUCAACAGCUCUACGACGUUCCAAAGAGUCUCGGAGCCGACGUGAGCUUGUGGAAGUUGAAGGCCGAAAACCAAUACAUCCCAGAUGUCCAGGAGCUGAAGAGUCUUGUAAAAGACAACACAAAGAUGAUCAUCAUCAACAACCCGAACAACCCCACCGGAGCCACAACUCCGAAGUCCGUUCUCCUCGACAUCGUCGAAUUCGCCAAGGAAAGAGACAUAAUAGUCAUGGCGGAUGAAGUGUAUCGUCCCUUGUUUCACAGCCUUCCAGCCGGUGAAUCCGCGCCACCAUCCAUACUUUCUCUGGGAUACGAAAAGACGGUUUCGACUUCCAGCAUGUCGAAAGCAUUCUCUUUGGCCGGAAUCCGCCUGGGUUGGAUUGCUUCCAGAGACCGCAGCAUCAUCGACGCCAUCAAGAGUGCCCGCAACUACACCACCAUCAGCGUCUCUCAACUUGACGACAGGGUAGCGGCGUACGCCCUUUCCGAUGCUGUCAGACCGAACCUGCUGAAGAGAAACAUGGACCUUGCGAGAACCAACCUGGCCCUCGUCGAAGAGUUCAUCAACAAGUACCCGGAAAACUGCUUUUGGGUUCUCAAGCCCACUGCGGGAACCACGGCCAUGAUCGGGUUCAAGAAGAACGGCAAGCUGGUGAAGGACGACGAGUUCUGUCUGGAGAUCUUGAACAAUACAGGUGUUCUUGUGAUGCCUGGCUCAACUUGCUUCGGAGACGGCGUGGAGUUUGAAGGCCAAAUGAGAUUUGGAUACGUGUGUCGUACGGACUUGCUGAAGGAGGGUUUGGACAGACUCGGCAAGUACAUUGAGAACAGCUUUUGA